AGAAUGUUUCGCGUCCAGAUUUCAUAGUAGUUGUAUCUCAACAGGGAAAUACCAUGGAAUACGACAAUGGCCGAUUGGAGGGAGCGGGGCUAUGUGCCAGACUCUGACGAUGAAGACGAGGAGGAAAGAGAUGUCCAACUGGUAACGGCCAACUAUGGGGGUCUGCAAGAUCACCCAUUUCGUCAGUCAGUGGAUGGACUCUUAAGGCCGAAGGAUGAUGAACCUGUAAAUGGCAACCUCGAUCUUUCAGCCAACCAUGACACUAUCACUCCAGAAAGCUCAUCAGAGAUCUUGCAUGCGCCCAAUGGUGUGCACGAGAAGGUGGCGAGAGAGCCAACUGAAGAUCUUGAAAUCAAUCAGCCUCAUUCUAUCAGUGGAGGACCACUGUUAGUGCCGGUACCUCAGCCUGAAGAGUCUGUCCAUUCAACUGCUGCCAGACUGGAAAAUGAACUACACAAGGGUUUGCAGACCAUCCAUGACGUGUUGGUCGGCACCAAAGUCGGAGCAGACGAUGAGACCGACAGUCCUCUCUCAUCUCUACCAUCGUCGCCACCACUUUCGCCUCGCCCAAGCUUGUCUCCAGAGCAUGAGGCUCUCCUACCGACGAACGUUGAAGCCACUCACCAUCCAAUCAAUGAGACCCUAGCUCAACAUUUGGCAGCCGCGGUUGUAAGGAGGUCUUUCCGACCUCGAGCACCCAUACAACUCCAUCCAUACGCGCUUGAAGACGCGAAAUAUCGGCAGAGUCUCAAAGAAAGGGGGUUGCGACCCGUCCACGUGCCAAUCACUGCCUCGAAACCGGAUGAAACCACGAAGGAUGAUUCUCAAGGCGCCGACACGUAUGAGAGCAGUCAAGCACAGGACUCAGAUAACCGCCCACGGCUUUCCAGCCCAUUGCCAGAAAGCCAUGACGAAGAGUCUCAGAGUCCAAUUCGUAGUCGACGUCUCUUGCACACGGCGGCAGACCUUGGUUUCGACGAUGAUCUGCCCGCACUCUCGGACUUGUUGCAAAGCCACUCCACUCAAGUCGGUAACAGGUCCACACAAUUGUUCAAGCCUUCCAAGCGACCAGUGAGGCCUCCAAUGAGGACCAAUGAUGACGGCUAUCGCAUAUAUGACCUCCCUGAAGAUGAAGACGUUCCAGAGGAAGGAGUACACAGGGUCCGUGCGAACUUCAUCGUCCCCCCUUCACCACCUCGAUCGCGUGGAACAUUAUCGUCUCAAGACGGUAUAACCUCCGGUACGCACGCUUUGUCGCAAGGGGACACCACGCCUGCCGCGCUUCCCACUCCCAUACUGUCCUCCGACAGGCAACGCAGCAAGAGGCCUCUUGAAUUACAGAGCUUGAGCUCUUCUGACUCAGGGGCUGAUAGCAGCAACGAUGGUGAUGCCACCACCUCUGCUCACGAGAACACAGAAGAUGAUUCUCAAGGAGCGCAGGUUCUUCGACGAAGGAUCAAGGGUGUACUGCCAGCUUCUUGGUUGAAGCUCGAUGUCAAGAAACAAAACUCCAAAGAUGUCCAGCGUAGGAACGGCCAUUCACCUGUCAAGCCUGCUUUGGAGCGGGGAGUAGCUCGACGGGGACCGCGUAUUGGUACGGGUGCUCAAAGUUGGCAGGAGAAACGAAUGUCAUUGGACGCUGAGACCCUUCAAGCUUCUUCGGAGAGUGACUCGGACGAUCUGGUGAUGAUUGAUAGGGAUGACGUCUCUGUCAAUGGCCAAGAACCUUGGAUCGAGGAUGUCGUGGAAGACGAUGCCAUUGAUGCUAUGCUUGCUCCAAAGGAGCGAAAGGCUUACACUUCCAGAAGAAAACAGCAAAAUUUGAAAAAGACUUGGGCGAAACCAAAAUCUCUUACCACUGUUAGGAGCCAUGAUACCUCUACGGUACCUCAUCCUGGCAGUCGUAAGAAAGCAUCUGCCCGCAAUUCAGCCAAUCAGCCACACCCGCGCAAACAGCUCAAAAAGAGACACAAAAAGCAACAAUUGACUAUCCUGGACGCGCCUGGUUUCGAAGACAAGGACGUACCACGCUUCCUUAGGAUUGCAGGGAGGCGAAGAGCAGGAAAUGCCGAAACAAAAGCGCAGAAUCUGUCGACAAAAUACCUCAGACUCGCAACAACUCAAGAUACCUUGGAUAUCAACAAUGAAUUGGAACGUUGGAAGACUCGACCGGGCAGGGAACAGGGACCUGUCGCUCGCAGCACAAGUCGUACACGCUUCAAUGCGCAGCGGCUCCCGAUCGAGGAUGUUGGUAACGGCAAUACAAGCAUCGAAGUUGACCAAAGGACAACGCAGCUCGAUUCUCUCAAAAAGUCGACCAAGGCAACUCUCCAACGCAUCCCCAGCAACCGUGUUCGGGAUCAAUUUCUGCAAUCCGCACAAAGACCGCACAAAACCAGCUACGCCAAUCCUCUUGUAGACCGUUUCCAGUAUCGGAAUGCUGACCACAACCAAACCAGUCUCAGUCAACGACUUAGCACUCCCAGAGACCUGGAGCAGACUGAAAGCAUAUUGAACGAUCGGGUAGAAUUCCCAGCCCGGAGGCGCAUACCACAGCCUGCAAGCAAAAGAAAAGAGAAAACUACUCAAGCGCUACAAGAAGAGUCUUGCCCUACACUUCGCAUUCGACGUCGUCCCCCUAAAGCUCACCCUCGAAGGAAUCAGGCCGCAAGGCCGAUUCAAGAGUCCGGCAACGAUAUCGUCCACCAUGGGACUGCAAGUCGCGCAGCCCCCGGGAUCUCCACAACAGAUGAGUCUGCACACUACAGUUCAAAUCACCCAAAUAGCAUCGCCUUUGGGGACUUCAACUAUCCCCCUGAAGCAGCGUUGCCCUUGAAGGACAUGGCACUGUACAGCCCCAUCGUCGGACCUAAUGGCUUGCUUUCCAAGACGAUAGAGUCCAUGGCAGACCCCAAUCGCGUGUUCCAAGGUAAUAGUGCUUUCGCACUGGGCACGGCGCAGGACGCAGAUGAAGCAGUGCGUGGUUAUCAUUGGUUGGGAGCAAAAGAAAUGAUGGCCCAGUCGUUCGAAGCAAUAGCGUCGAGCAUUCGCAGUCACGGCGAAGAUCGAUUGUAUCCAGCAGAUGGCAAUGCUGCUGUGUCGGAAAGGGCUCAAGUGUCAGUCGACUCACUGAUAGCCUGCCUGAAUGAUGGCGUCUCUUUCAAAACUGACCUCGAGCUGGACGACUUCGUCGCGUACGGUUUGGACCAGAUCGACAGACUUCUAGAAGAGCUCGAGAGACCUUGCGAUCACGCAUCAACCGCGGCAGGAGUUACUGUCACCCUACCAAUUCUCAACCGGUUGACGGUCUUCGGGUACCAACUAUCCAGGCUUACUACAACCUCAGGAAAGAUGCUCGAAACGAGGUGUGUAGGAAGCCGCCAGAGAUUGGCAAUCCUCGCAUUCUCCAAAGCAUUCAGAGUACAAUUCCUCAAAUCCCUCAACGCUUAUGUCGCAGAUCUCUCACAGAAUGGAUCGGCAUCAGAUGCAGCAUUCACCAAGCCCUUUGAAACCGAAAUCGAGACUGUUUUCCUUUUACACAGGGUCGGCCUCAGUCAAGUUUGCAUCUCCGAAAUCAGCGAUAUCGUGUCGAACCAUUUGACUGGUGGCCCUCUUCAAUUAGAUGCAGCAAUAAAGCUUGCUUCCACUAUUCUAACCCUGGCUUGUGUCUUCUCUGUGGUCGGGAAAGCCGACCCCGAGACCUAUGGGGACGAAAAUGCCGACUCCUUGAUUUCGUCUGGAUUCUCCGUGCUCUCCAGCGCAAUCAAUGCAUUUUUCAAUGUGUUCCUUCAAGAACGGAGCAUAUCGAACAAGCAAUUGGGUAUGCUGGAUGACUUUGGUCGACGAGCCCUGCAAUGGUGCCUCUGGCUUGCACGCUCAGUCAAUAGAGGUAUUGCCGAUAACCUCUUGAGACAGAUUUUCAAAUACUACUCAACCAAGACCGUCAACAUGCUCGAUUUGUUCGGGAAGACAUCCCCGGCCACGCCCAGCUUUCUCGAACUCCAGCUUCCAGCCGAAAACAUAGUCCCUGAGCCUGACGAUACAGAUUUUCAGCUAUUCCUGAAAAUGGUUGCUUUCACACUGGGACAACAUGCAGUAACCGAUGCUUACGACCCUGCAACACUUCGAAAGCAAGGUUUGCGCAAAGUGUCACUAGUCUUCAGUCUCCUACCAAAUAAUGGUCCUAAUGUUGAUGUCGAAAAGUCCAUUCAUCUUGCGGAUCUCGCCGCUAUGGAAAACCGUUACCUCCUACUCCUGACUUUGUACCAUUAUUCACCAAUUGGAUACAAGCCCGAUCUCACAUAUAUGAGGAAUCUCGUCGAAUUCGGAAAGGCGCACUAUGCUGUAUGCAAUCUCGUAAUCAAAUGUUGGGCUAGCAUUGUUAGAUCAGUGGUUCCACAGCCUAUGAGUACAAUGGAACUCCAUCAGCUUGCUGUGUGGAUUCAGGACAUGAUAUUCCAGAUCUGCGGAAAACUCAAAGAUGCCUUUGUCGAUGAAACUACUGCGGCCGACUCGUUAACCCACGAAAACAACCGAAAGAAUGCCAACGCACUGCUCUGCAGCCUAGCAGAGAGAUAUGCAGAAGCCAUUGACCUUUCUCUCCAGGAGUCUCAGGCACGCCAAUUGCUGACUGGUGAACGCCUAGACGAACUGCUUGCGCUCUGCAACCCACAGCCAUGGCUGGAAGACUCGACGACAAGCAGUAUUCUCAACGUUGUGACAUCUUAUCUGCGGAAAUGCAGGGAGCCCAACCCUCUUCUCUUGGACAUUCGACAGCAGCUGCGAAGAGUACUUGCAACGCAGCUGGGUCGUGAUCCUGCUCUGGACGAGUAUUUGUUGGCAUCGAUGGUCGAGACGUGGUUCCAAGUUGCGAGGACUAUGGUAUUGAGCGGCAAUGAUAGUUGGGACCUCUACAUGUCUCAACAUGGCACAUAUUCAUUUUCUCGGAUUGCCGGCAAUGAGCUUGGUAGACGUUGUCAUAUUCUAUUGCUCAGCAAAAUCGCAGCAGCAGACAAGGUAUACUUCAAAGAGGAGUUAUACUUAUUCUUGGAAGCAUGGCUGUCGUCUAUGCUGGUCCCGCUAAAGGAUCUGACAUUCGAGCACAUCUUGACGAACACAUUGAUCCAAACCGCUCCGCAAGUCCUGGCACUGGAAGCCCUCCGUGGGAGGUUUGCGAGUGGAACGCCCAACUUUCUGUUGACACGCGAAGAUUUGGUUCAUUACCGUCUCCAGAUUGUUCGCCACGUUAUUCGGACCAUUCAAGAUAUGCAGUAUGCUGUUGACGAGCCACUUGAGCAAGGCCUCAACAAGUCGGCUGCGGAAGGAUUAUUGGGGGUGAUUGCUACAGCCCUGAAGCGCACAUGGCAGCAGACACCAACAGGAGAGCGAGCCGCAUGGACAUCCUUCAUGCACGAUGUCGUCUUCGAGAUCAGUGCAUGCACGUUCCCGAACUUUGUGAUCGACUCAUGGUUCGUCGAUACGAACGAGACGGGUUUUCAGGAUAAGAUUCUCCAUCUCGAGAGACUGUUCAUCCUCAGAGGAGAGCAGCCAGCUCACGUCGAUGACGAGCACGCAGUCCAAGUUCUUCGUGUGGCUUGCGAAGUAGCCUGCGCUGCAGGAGAUCAGACCAAACUGGUGCAUCAAGUGGCCAAAAUAUUUGCCGCUGCCGAUUUCAACUACAUCAAUGAAGAGGGGAAAUACUUGCUCGACAUCUCAACCCAAUUCCUCUUCCUUAAGGCAGUAUUGCCCGCAUACAUCGCUGGCACUUUCGACGAACCGGGUCUAUCGGAUCGAAUUGCACCGACGUUGCUUUUCGCCUCGCCUGUAAUCGCCGUCGCCACGACCAUCAUGAGCAGUCUGGAGCUACGAGUAGACCUCGAAGACGAGUUCCACAUGGAACAAUUUGCUGAGACUAUGGUCAUGUGGCUUGUCGCAGCGGGAAAGCGCUUGAGGAGCACUGUUUGCGAUUUUGUCAACUACAAUACCCUGGGUUUGCAACUUGAAAUGCUCGCCGGCCUUGUUACUCUAUGCGCAAAGGCCUGCAGCCGCUGGGCUUAUCUCUACCAACUUUUCCCAAAUUCUGACCGCAUUGCCCGAUUGCAAGAAUACGUGCAGACGUAUGGAAUGUAUGUAUACGAAUACGCUUGCUCAGCUACGGGACUGCAAUGCUCGCCAUCAGACCCGGAGUUCUGGGAGACAUAUCCGGACAGUCGAGUGAGGUCAGCCAAGAAUUUUGGGUUCUAUUUGGACGAGCCGGAUUCGGAAGAUGACGAGGAAGUGGUCCGUCUCUGUGAAUACGCGGCCAAGGACCUUGAAAGGGCCGGAAAAGACUGGAUUUAUGUUCGUGAGACGACACAAGGUCCGGUCUGGCGCUUCAAUCGUGGUGGGCGUGGGGAGCCGUCGGAUGCGGUCGUCCCGGACUAUCUCAGUCGUGAGGAUGGCAUGGUCCAGGUCAAAUGUGCAGUGGAGGAGUUGGUGAACGCACUGGUGUUGUUGGGGGUGAAAUGAGGGCGAGGCGGAAGCCCCUCUCACGCUGUUAAGAAGAGCACCUGAGCCAGUGCCUGCAAUACCAUCACUUGCAUUGUAGAAUCAACAAACUACAUGAUUUUCAGACC